AAGGCGGCGGUGGGCGGAGGGUGCAGUGCAAGCUGCAGUGUCAGGAAGUUGCUGCUGGUCCGUUCCUGUGCCCGGGGGAAGUGCUGAGGCCGAGCAGUCGCUGCUGUUGGAGUCGGGGGGGCCGGGCCGGGCAGCGCCGCACGAGCUGGAGGCUCAGUCCCCGGGCAGCUGCAGCCGCGUGAGUAGCCAGCAGCUAUGGUCAAAUAACUUGAUCACUGGCCCUGGGAGAGAUCCAUUUGAUCAACAGGAAGAUCACAAUUCUGAAGGAGGAAACAAAACAAAACAAAACAAAAAAGACAGCCCUCAGCCAAGACUGACACUGGAGGCCAAAGCUAGGUGUGAAUGAGGAACUCCAGAAGAAAGGCUAUUCUAAUCCAGCACCCAGAUGAGCCACCAGUCUGUUUUCUUACAUUCAACGACUGCAUGUUUUCCUCACUGCUUAGAUAGCACCUUCUUCCCGACUUCUGAUCUUUUUACCACAUUCAGCAUGUGGAUCUAGAUUUCCAGGCUGAUGAUCAAAUGGAGAAUAAGAUAAAAGAUGCUUUGGUUUGAGAGUACGGCAAAGCAGCUAGUAAAAUAUUCUUCUAGGCCACUAUGGAGACGACUAUGUGCAGCCACUACAAAUACACCAGUAUUAACUUUGUUCACCAAGAAGCCAUGCCCUCUGUGUGAUGAAGCAAAAGAAGUGCUUGAGCCAUAUAAAAACAGGUUUAUUUUGCAGGAAGUGGAUAUCACCCUUCCAGAGAACGCAGUGUGGUAUGACAAAUAUAAGUAUGACAUACCUGUCUUCCAUUUAAAUGGGCAGUUCCUAAUGAAGCAUCGGAUAGAUAUUAAAAAAUUUGAGAACCAGCUUGUGAAGCUAGAGUUUCAAAAUGAUGAAAACCAAUGAAGGAAAUGCAGCUAUUCUGAGACUGGACUGAAGGGAUUUUGAACAAAUGGUUUGAAACUGUUGCAUACAUUAUGAAACCACAUUUUCUUUGGUAUGGAAUGUGCAUAUUUAACAUUCAAAUUUUAGUUAUUUAAUUUAUAUUCCAUUUUGUAGUAAUGAUGAAGCCCAUCUGCCUGAAUAGCAACUCAUAUUCAUCUGCUAUCCUAGAUGGUUUUGUUUUUCAAUGGGAGAGUAAGUGCUAUUCCACAGCAGCAGAUAAAAUGAAAUGCACUUUCAGAUCAUUAAUAUACCCUGCACUGACAAUAAAGGAAUGUUUAAGUUA